AUGUCUUCUCCUGCAAGAUUCCAGCGAGUGAUCGCCGGGAUCCAGAAACUGUAUCCGAUUGCGUAUGCGGACAGUUCCUGGGACAACACGGGACUGUUGGUCGACGCUUCGGGGGUCAACAAGAGCGACAAGUUCCACAUUCUGCUGACGGUCGACCUGACCCAGUCUGUGGUCGAGGAAGCAAUCAGGGCCCGGUCGAGUCUUGUGCUGGCGUACCAUCCGUUCAUCUUCCGCGGCCUGAAGAGCAUCACUCCGAGCGAUCCUCAGCAGAGCUCGCUGAUAAAACUGAUCCAUCACGGAAUAUCUGUGUACUGUCCCCACACGUCCGUGGACGCAGCCAAGGGAGGAGUGAACGACUGGCUGGCCCUCGCACUGGGCGAGAUAAAGGAGAAAACCGUGAUCGAGGAAAACGCUGCGGAGGAGGGCGUGGGGAUGGGCAGGCUCGUGACGCUGCAGCGCGCCGUCAGUCUCAGCGAGCUUGUGCCUAAAAUAAAGAGCCACUUAGGAAUCAGCCAUCUCCUAUUGGCCACGAAAAAAAACCCGGACGCCGCCGCCAUCACGACCGUCGCCGUGUGUGCCGGGUCGGGAGGCUCUGUUUUCCGGAACGUGGACGCCGAUCUGUAUCUGACGGGCGAGCUGUCGCACCACGAAGCUCUCUACUUCAGAGAGAAAGGCUCGAGCGUCAUUGCCUGCAACCACUCCAACACAGAGAGGGGGUUUCUUUCCGUGCUGAAGGAGCAGCUGGCCCGCGAGCUGGACGAUCCGGAAAUUGCCAUCGACAUCUCCACCACCGACGAGGACCCGUUCGCCAUCGUGUAG